GUGAAGAGUAGGGUGACAGGGCUGGAAGCGUAUGGGUUGCUUGGAUUGUUAGCCCAUGUCCCAUUUCUUCUUCCAGCGACUCGCUUGGUCUGCGCGACAGUUUGCUCGACCACCCGUAUCCCGGUGCUGGACACCUUUACCGUUACGUACCUACGUUGCUCAGUCAGGGUUAAACCAGACGAAACUUUCAUUUAAAAUGGAGCAUAGCUCUCGAGGAGGUUCCCGAGAUCGCGGACAAAGCUCGCGCAAGAGAAAGAGAGGCAGUGAGAAGCAGAAUCGUGACCGAGGGGCUGAAGAUGAUGUACUCCUGGUUGAUAUCAGGGAUCUUCUUCGGAGGAAUAAGCCUGAAGCAGAUACUAUUGAGACAGAGGCAUCUCCUACUGUUGUUCAUACUGGAAAAGAUGAGAAUUUUCCGGAGACAGAAGUUACAAUAACCGAACUCUCUUCCACCGGAGACGGCCUUGCGCUCUCGCCCGCGCGCGACCAUGUCUACGCUGUUCCUUUCACUCUCCCUGGCGAUACGGUAAAAAUAAGGGUAUAUAGGACUAUGGGAAGGGAAUCCUACAGUCUUGCUGAUUUCAUUGAAGUGACGAAACCUUCGCCGCAACGGGACGAUUCGUUAAUCAAGUGUCAAUAUUUCGCGAAGUGUGGUGGCUGCCAGUUCCAAAUGCUUCCUUACGAAGACCAGCUUAAGCAUAAGAAGAGAAUUAUCGAAAAAGCAUAUAUCAACUUCUCGGGACUGAACUCGGUGCAGGUUCCUGGCAUAGAGGAAACAAUGGGUUCGCCGUUGCAGUAUGGGUACAGGACGAAACUGACCCCGCACUUUUCGCUCCCCGGGCGAGUGAAGAAGGCAGCUCAUAACUUGACAGAGCCUUUAAAUAUUGGGUUUAUGAUGAAAGGACGACGAAAGGUUAUGGAUAUCGAAGAUUGCCCGCUCGGAACAGACAUCGUGAGAGUAGGGCUGAAGAACGAGCGGCAAAGAGUCUUGGAUAGUGUGCAUCAAUUCAAGGCCGGCGCAACUCUGCUGGUUCGGGAAAAUACGAGACGAAUACCCAGAGACAAAGUUGAGGAAAACGCAACAGAGAAGAAGGGUGUGAUUCGGAUAGACCACCCGGACUACAUCGAAGAAAAGAGCUAUAUCACGGACCAAAAAGGAAUCUCAUCCGAAUACAUCGACGACUAUCUCUUCCGCAACGUCGCCGGAACGUUCUUCCAAAAUAAUAACUCAAUCCUCUCUCCCUUCACCCAAUACGUGCGCGAACGUGCCGUCCCAGCAUCUGCCGAUUCCGACCCUUCAAAGCCCAAACUAAAAUAUCUUCUCGACGCCUACUGCGGCUCCGGUCUUUUCACGAUCGCCCUCUCUACCGUCUUCCGUUCGUCUCUCGGCGUAGAUGUCGCAGCGGGUUCCAUCGAAUCAGCCCGUGAAAAUGCCCGUCUUAACAAAUUGAAAAACACGGGCUUUGCCGCCGCAGACGCGGCGAAGUUGUUCCAGGAUGUACCAUAUCCCCCGCAUCAGACGUUAUUGGUUAUUGACCCCCCGAGAAAGGGGUGUGAUACGAACUUUUUGAAGCAGCUGUUGGCAUUUGGCCCCGCGAGGGUGGUAUAUGUGAGCUGUAACGUUCAUACGCAAGCGAGAGAUGUUGGCGUGAUGGUCCGGGGAGAUACGGGUGAUGGAAGUGGGAAGAGUAGUGUGAGGUAUGAGAUUGAGAGUAUUAAGGGCUUUGACUUCUUCCCACAAACCGGCCAUGUGGAGAGUGUGGCUGUUUUGAAUAGAGUGGCCAACGUUGAGUGAGUGUGAGGGCGUGGUCCUGUACAAUAUUCCUUUGAGCUCCAGAAAAGUCAAAAUUUUUACUAGAAAUACC